AUGCGCGACGUAAAGAAGCAUGCGCAAAGGCGGAAGCUGUUUGCUCGACCUUUCUCGAAGACAGUGCUCCGAGGCACAUGGGAACCUGUUGUGAGGGACAAGGUUCAGCUAAUGAUCUCGCAAAUGCAGAAAGAUCUGACGACUUUGGGAGUGUGUGAUGUAUUCAAGUGGUCAACAUUCCUGGCUACGGAUGUAAGCGCGCAUCUGAUGUUUGGAGAGUCGUUUGAGAUGUUGCAGCGGGGAGAGAAAAAUGAGUAUGUUCGGAUUCUGGAAUCUGUUAUUCAAGGAUCAGGUAUCCUAUCCGAGCUUCCAUUUCUUGGAUACAUCAUUCCAUACAUACCUCUCCAGUCCGUUCGGGAAAUGUUUGGAAAUGGGGAGGCUCUUCUAAGGUAUGGCCAAAGCUUGCUAAAUAACAGUCGGAGCAACAGCGAGUCUUCCCGGAAUAUCUUUUCGGGUCUAGUUCACGCAUCUGAGAAAGAUGGAGCAUCAUUCAAUGAUAUGGAUGUAGCUAUCGAAGCCGGGAAUUUCAUCGUCGCAGGCUCGGACACAACCGCUGUUACGUUGACAUAUGUUAUCUGGGCUAUCCUGUCUCAUCCAAAACUACACACCCAGCUCAACACCCAGCUUGCGACUUUGCGGGAAAACUGGGAAGAAGGCGAUCUCGAAUCCCUCUCUCUGCUAAACGCUACAAUCACCGAGACACUAAGAUUAUAUGGCGCUGCACCUGGUGCCCUCCCUCGCUCUGUCCCAGAAGGAGGCGUGACAUUCUCCGGGUACUAUAUCCCAGGAGGAAUCACUGUUAGUACCCAAAGCUGGACUAUACAUCGUGAUCCAGUACUCUUUCCUAAUCCUGAGAAAUUUGAUCCUUCGAGGUGGUUACCAGGCGAUAACCAAGCGUCUGAACAAGCCCGACUGGCGAUGUCUCCCUUUGGCUCUGGAUCACGAACUUGCUUGGGGAUUCACCUGUCAUGGAUGGAAUUACGUCUGGCAACAGCUGAGUUCUUUCUUCAAUGUGGGAAUGUGAAACUGGCUCCAAGCGUGACGGAAGAGAGUAUGAAGCCAAAGCAUUUCUUCUUGAUUGCGCCUUCAGCGCAUAAAUGUGAGAUAACGCUAGCAACUUGA